AUGGAUGACGGCAGUGGUCUGAAUAUUCUUUACGCUGAAACUCUGAAGGGGAUGGGCAUUCCGAUGUCCAAACUUAGUGAGAGCAACAUGAGCUUUCACGGCGUCAUCCCUGGAAAGAAGGCUGAAUCACUCGGCCAGAUAACUCUUGACGUGAUUUUCGGUGAUUCGAAGAAUUACCGUAAGGAAAAGUUGACGUUUGAAGUGGUAGAUUUUCAAAGUGCUUAUCAUGCUAUUCUGGGCAAGCCUACAUAUGCUCGUUUCAUGGCUCGACCAUGUUACGUCUAUCUUAAGUUGACGAUGCCUGGUCCCAGAGGUGUGAUCACAGUUACUGGUAAUCGGCAGAAAGCAGAGGAGUGCCUUCAGAAGGGCUCAAAAAUUGCUGAUGAACAGAUGGCAGCAGUUGAAAUGCAGGAAUAUCAGAAGAAUGUUGAUCCGAGUGAGUUGCUCUGGGCUAAGAAGCCUACCUCAGAGUCCGCAUUUCAGUCGUCCGGUCAAACAAAGUCAGUUCAUAUUCACCCGACCGAUCCCAAUGCUGCACCGACUCAUAUUUCAACGAUGCUGGACAGCAAAUAG